AUGAUGGGGGAUGACACGGAACUGAGAACGGAUGGCAACUCCCUUUUGAAGGCCGUGUGGCUGGGGAGGCUCCGGCUCACCAGACUCCUCCUGGAAGGGGGCGCUUACAUCAACGAGAGCAAUGACAAAGGGGAGACGGCGCUCAUGGUGGCGUGCAUCACCCAGCACGUGGACCAGCAAAGCAUCAGCAAGCCCAAGAUGGUGAAGUACCUGCUGGACAACAGGGCAGACCCCAACAUCCAGGACAAGUCUGGCAAGACGGCGCUCAUCCAUGCCUGCAUCAGAAGAGCGGGCGGGGACGUGGUCUCCCUACUGCUGGAGAAUGGAGCCGACCCCAGCCUGGAGGACCGGACUGGGGCUUCGGCUCUGGUCUACGCCAUAAAUGCGGAUGACGAAGGGGCGCUGAAGCACCUCCUUGCUGCCUGCAAAGCCAAAGGCAAGGAGGUGAUUAUCAUAACAACCGAUAAAUCCUCCUCGGGCACCAAAACCACCAAACAGUACCUUAACGUCCCUCCCUCCCCCAAAGUGGAAGGCAGGCAGUCGCCACCCCUGUGUGCGUCCCCCUCGGAUGUCCAAGUGACAGCUCCAAGCCUGGGCUCCCCGCCCAGGGAGAAGGAAGAUGACUUCGUCAGCCUCCAGACAGGGCACUCAAGUGGCUACAGCGCCUCCAAGGCCCUCCACGAGCCCGGAUCACCCACCAGGAGAGUGGGCGGUCUCAAGAGGGCCCGUUUGCCGCAGCUGAAGAGGUUGCAGUCUGAGCCGUGGGGCCUGGUCGCGCCGUCCGUGCUGGCAGCUUCCGCUCGGCAGGACGAGGCCCGCAGCGCCGGCGCCGACAGCGAGGUCCUCAAGGGCAUCGGUGACGCGUCCCUUGCUACACGGGGGCCCUUGUCCAGGACCAGCAGCAUGGACGGCAAGGACCCCACGCUCUUCCCCACGGUCACGGAGCAAGUGCUGAAGAUCCCGGGCUCUUCAGCACCGGCGGCCUGGAAAGCGACCUAUGAGAAGGGUCAGGGCCCCCACCCGCGUCUGGCCAGGAGGGGAACCCUCCCCGCUGACCAAGAGAAGGGGGGUGCCAGCCCAGCCGGGCCCUCGGCUCUCAAAGAGCCAGCCUCCCUCAAGUGGCUGGAAAGUGACCUCUACAGCCUGGAUUUUCAAGCAGGGGCAGAGUCGCCCAGCUCGGUCUCCCUUGAACCAGGCAAAGGACCCUUAGACAGGAGGAAGGUCAACAGCUCCCACUUGUCCCUGUUCCACGGCUCCCGGGAGUCCCUGGACGCCGUCCCCAGCACGUCUCCCAGCUCCGCGCGCCGCAGGCCCCUGCACCUGCUGGAAAGACGAGGCUCUGGGACCCUGUUGCUGGACCACAUCGCUCACACCAGGCCCGGCUUUCUCCCCCCUCUGAACGUGAACCUGAACCCUCCCAUCCCAGACAUUAGAUCUGGCGGCAAAGCUGCUUCCCCACUUGCCAGUGGGUUGAAGUCCAUGGUCCCUGUUGCUCCAAGUUCGCCCAAGAGAGUCGACUUGAGAAGUGCGAAGAAGUUGCUCAGGAGGCACUCGAUGCAGAUCGAGCAGAUGAAGCAGCUCUGGGGCUUCGGAGAGAUCACGACCUAG